AUGACAGAUAGAAGCCGACGUGUGCGACGUCAGAUUAGUGAGGCCACCGAAGACUUUACCGAAGAGUCAGAUCUGGGCAGCGGUGAAGAUUAUGAUCCAAGAAGAACAGACUCAAUGAGGCGAACAGGCAGAUAUGAUUCUUCGGCGGCGUCGACCCCGGCAUCGUCCAGGCCACGGCGAUCAGGGGCAUCAGCUGUUGCAAGCAACGUUUCUUCCGCAACUGUUCAACGUGGGGCGGGCUCUGCAGACGACAGACGACAAAGCCUCAAAUUGACCGUCAAGGCUCCUCCAAGCAAGCUGCGAGAAGUCAUGCGGGCCAACGAGGUUGAAUCACUCCAUGACACCCUUGGCGGCGGCCAAGUUCUCGAUGGUCCGCGAAGCAGUCGUCGUUCUGCUUUGACUGCUAGAGCCAGCGCUCGAGGUAGCCGGCGGCCGACGUACGCAGAGUACGGUGAGAGCGAUAUUGAAGAUGAAGAAGACGAGGACGAGGAUGAGGAAGAAGACGAUGAUGAAGACGAGGACGAGGAAGAGGAGCCUACCGACUUCGAUCGGCUCGGCGCUGAACCUGAAGGUGGCACUGACGAUGAAGACGUGGAGAUGGAAGACGCGCCUCCUCCUCCGCCUCCAGCCAGACGCCAUCUUCCUCCCAAACCACCAAAGAUAACAUUGAAACCACCGGCCAACAACAAACCAGCAGCCAAGCCCAAACUCAUCGUCACUCCAGCGAAGGUUGGCCCCCUUAAGUCUGUUGAGGAGCAGGAGAUGGAGGAUGCAUCAGAGGAUGUGUCGGACGAGGAAGAAGACGAAGUCGGCAAUUCAUCUGACCUCUCUGAUGAAGACGAGGAGCCCACAAUAAACGUGCACGACGAGGACGCGGAGGGUGAGGAAGAAGAGAUUGUGGUUGAGGAGGAUGCUCCAGGUGAAGACGAGGAAGUCGACGACGACGACGAUGACGAUGACGAUCUAGACGAUAGCAGUGAUGAGACGCCUGCCUCUGGUGCUGCCACUCCUGAUAUCACUAGACUGACCAAGAGGCAACGGGGUAGGCCAGAGGAUCAGGGCACUCUCAUGGCGCUGGAUAUGGCACCGCAGCAACGAAAGUUCUUCACGGACGAGGAGAAAGCAAUGAAGAAGGACGAACAUGCCAGAAAGCGAAAAGAACUCACCAAGCGCAAAGUGCAGGAGGAGAAGACGGCUGCUUUGAACAGAUUGCUUAAACCUCAAGUCUCAAAAGCGCGAGGCGCUGCUCCAAAGCCAGAGACCUUGGCUGCGGCAGCGGCUGCUGCUGCUGCGGCUGGAUCACCAUACGAGGAAGAAGACCUGCCUCAGAGAGCCAAUCCACUCUAUACCAGAUGGAUCAGCACGCAAGAGGGCGUGAGACUGGGGGUGCCAGAAGAAUGGUUGGGGAAGAAAGUCGGCCGUUACUUUGGCCCGCCAUACCCUUCGAGCAGCAAUAUGCUCAUUCAAGAGACUGAAUGA